AUGGGCAUGAGGAAGAAGAUCCACCUGGACCUGAGGAACCGGACCCCAGCAGCUGUUCGAGAACUUGUCUUGGACAAUUGCAAAUCAAAUGAUGGACAAAUUGAGGGAUUAAGAGCUGAAUUUAUGAACUUAGAGGUCCUCAGUUUAAUAAGUGUAGGCUUGAUUUCAGUUUCAAAUCUCCACAAGCUACCUAAACUGAAAAAGCUUGAGCUCAGUGAUAACAGAAUCUUCAGAGGGCUAGACAUACUAGCAGAAGAACUUCCAAAUCUCACACAUCUAAACCUAAGUGGAAAUAAACUGAAAGAUAUCAGCAGCACCUUGGAACUUUUGAAAAAGUUGGAUUGUCUGAAAAGCCUGGAUCUGUUUAACUGUGAGGUCACUAAUCUGAAUGAUUACCGAGAGAGCUUCAAGCUCCUGCCUCAGCUGACCUACCUGGAUGGCUAUGACCGAGAGGACCAGGAAGCCUCUGACUCAGAUGCGGAGGUGGAUGGUGUGGAUGAAGAGGAGGAGGAUGAAGAAGAAGAUGAGGAUGGUGAGGAGGAGGAGUUUGAUGAAGAAGAGGAUGAAGAUGAUGAAGAUGGAGAAGGAGAAGAUGAUGAAGAUGAAGUCAGUGGGGAGGAUGAAGAAUUUGGACAUGAUGGAGAAGUUGACGAAGAUGAGGAUGAGGAGGAAGAUGAAGAGGAGGAAGAAAGCGGGAAAGAGAGAGAAACAGAUGAUGAAGGAGAAGAUGAAUAA